AAACAGAUUCCACUUUUGUUUCGGACCUUCCAACCUUUUCCCCCAACACUAGCAGCAACAACAACAACCAAAAAAAAAAAAACGCAAAAUAAAAAAAUAAAAAAUAAAAAAAAAUCCUAAGAUCGAAACAAAUCAAACAGAAAAGAAUUCUCAAAAAUUCAAGAAUGAUGGCAAUUAAAGCCAAUCCAAAUCCUCUUUCCCUUUCAUAUUCAUCAACUCCAUUUAAUCGAAUUUCUAUUAAAAAGAUUCAUUUUUUGCACCAUUCCCAAUGUAGAAAUCUUGUUUUGGGUUGUUCUAAGAACCCCAUUUCGGGUUCUUUGAAUUUGGAUCCGAGUUUCUCGGGUUCCGGGUCAGGGUCAUCAAAACUGAAUUCUUUGAAUGAUAGUGUUGAUGCUGCUUCAACUUCUGCUUCAAAUGCUAUUGAUUUUCUCACUUUGUGUCAUAGUCUUAAGACCACAAAGCGGAAGGGAUGGGUAAAUCAUGCGAUAAAAGGUUCUGAAUCUAUUGCUGAUCAUAUGUAUCGUAUGUCCUUGAUGGCUCUGAUUGCUGGUGAUCUUCCUGGCGUUAACAGGGAAAGGUGUAUUAAGAUGGCCAUUGUUCAUGAUAUUGCGGAAGCAAUUGUCGGAGAUAUAACUCCAUCUGAUGGUGUGCCUAAGGCUGAAAAAAGCAGACGUGAGCAAGCUGCUUUGACUGAAAUGUGCAAAGUUCUUGGUGGAGGGAUGAGAGCUGAAGAGAUUAAAGAACUGUGGCAAGAGUAUGAAAACAACGCUUCACUGGAGGCUAAUCUCGUAAAAGAUUUUGACAAGGUUGAAAUGAUUCUGCAGGCACUGGAAUAUGAAUCAGAACAUGGGAAGGUGCUCGACGAGUUUUUCCUUUCAACUGCAGGAAAAUUUCAAACCGAAAUAGGGAAAAGCUGGGCGGCUGAAAUCCAUUCGAGGAGAAACGCCAGAUUGGGUAACUGACUCAAAACUGACCCCUCAUUGAUAUUUUGAAGUUAUAUCAUCUUAGGGCGCCUCCCGUCUUCAAAUAACAUGGAGAGAGAGAGAGAGAGAGACUGAUGUGUUUAACGUUAUGCACUCACUUCUCGUUCAGCUUAGCUCCGGUUAAGCUGGAUGCUCGAAGUGGAAUUUAGGUAGGAGAUGGAUGUACUCAAGGGAGAUAUACUUUACGUGCUACGUGCACCAAGUAAGAGUAAAGUUUUUUCCCAGAACUCUUCUGGUAGUGUUGACAUGAUGACAUCUUCAUAUUGUUUCUUAAAAUUCAGCAACUUUUGCCAUGAUA